CCGGCCUUCCUGCGGGAGCUGCGGGACAGGGUCUGCAUCGACCACAAGCCCCUCAGGUUCUGUGCCGAGCGCCUGCACUCCCUGCUCCGCACCCUCGCCCUCCCCGACGUCGCCGAUUUCUCCCCCAUCACCCUGGUGGCCAACUUCGCCACCCUGGUCAGCACCUACAGCAAAGGUUUCACCAUCAUCAUCGAGCCCUUCGACGAUCGCACCCCGAGCAUCGCCAACCCCGUGCUGCACUUCAGCUGCCUGGACGCCUCCAUCGCCAUCCGGCCGGUGUUCGAGCGCUUCCAGUCGGUCAUCGUCACCUCGGGGACCCUGUCCCCGCUGGAGUUUUACCCCAAAAUCCUGGGAUUCAGCCCCGUUACCAUGGCAACCUUCAGCAUGACCCUGGCCCGCACCUGCCUCUGCCCCAUGAUCGUGGGCAGAGGCAACGACCAGGUGGCCAUGAGCUCCAAGUUCGAGACCCGCGAGGACAUCGCGGUGACCCGGAACUACGGGCAGCUGCUGCUGGAGCUCUCGGCCGUGGUCCCCGACGGCCUCGUGGCCUUUUUCACCAGCUACGUCUACCUGGAGAGCACUGUGGCCUCGUGGUACGAGCAGGGCAUCCUGGAGAACAUCCAGAGGAACAAGCUGCUCUUCAUCGAGACCCAGGACGGGGCUGAGACCAGCGUGGCCCUGGAGAAGUACCAGGAGGCGUGCGAGAACGGCCGCGGGGCCGUGCUGCUCUCGGUGGCGCGCGGCAAAGUCUCCGAGGGCAUCGACUUCGUCCAUCACUACGGCCGGGCUGUGAUCAUGUUCGGGGUCCCCUACGUUUACACCCAGAGCCGCAUCCUCAAGGCCCGGCUGGAAUUCCUGCGGGAGCAGCUCCAGGUGCGCGAGGGCGAGUUCCUCACCUUCGACGCCAUGCGGCACGCGGCGCAGUGCGUGGGGAGAGCCCUGAGAGGGAAAACUGACUACGGGCUCAUGGUGUUCGCCGACAAGCGCUUCGCCCGGGCCGACAAGCGGGGCAAGCUGCCGCGCUGGAUCCAGGAGCACCUGCCCGAGUCCCACCUGAACCUGACGGUGGACGAGGCCGUGCAGGCGGCCAAGCGCUUCCUGCGCCAGAUGGCCCAGCCCUUCCGGCAGGAGGACCAGCUGGGGCUGUCGCUGCUGACCUGGGAGCAGCUCCAGGCCGGGGAGGUUCUGCAGCGGAUCCAGGGGAUCUCCCAGCAGGUCUGACCCGCCCGGGAUCCACCCAGGAGUCUGCUCGAGAUCAGCCCAGGAUCCACCCAGGAUUUUGACCGGGAUCUGCCUGGGAUCCACUCCACGAGACACCUGGGAUCUGUCCUGGGAUCCACCCAGGGACUCGACCUGCUUCUGCCUGGGAUCCACCCAGGAUUCUGCUCGGGAUCUGCCUGGGAUCCACCCAGGAUCCAGUCUGGGACCUGCCCGGGAUCCACCUUUGGGAUCUACCCGGGAUCCACCCCCGGGAUCCACCCAGGAGUCUGAUCAAGAUCCACCGGGAUUUGACCGGAAUCCACCCGGGAUCUUCCUGGGAUCCACCCAGGACUCUGACCUGAUUCUGCCUGGGAUCCACCCCCAGGAUCCACCCAGGAUUGGGCCCAAGAUCCACCCAGGAUUUUGACCUGGAUCUGCCUGGGAUCCACUCCACGAGACACCUGGGAUCCACCCAGGAUUUCGACCCGAUUCUGCUUGGGAUCCACCCCCGGGAUCCACCCAGGAUUUUUUUUUAUCAGGAUCCACUCCAGAAUCUGCCCAGGAUCCACCCAGGAUUUUGACCGAGAUCCACACGGGAUCCACCCCUGGGAUCCACUGAAGAUCUACCUGGGAUCCACCCCGGCUUCCACCCAGGAUUUUGAUCAGGAUCCCCCCAGGAUCUGCCCGGGAUCUUCUCGGGAUCCACCCAGGACUUUGACCUGAUUCUGACCAGGAUCCACCCAGGAUCUGUCCCAUGAUCUCGGGAUCCACUCAGGAUCCAGACCAAGAUCACCCCAGGAUUUUUGAUCAGGAUCCUCCCAGGAUCUACCUGGGAUCAACUCUGGAAUCUGCCCGGGAUCCACCCAGGACUUUGACCUGGUUCUGCCCGGGAUCCACUCAGGGAUCCACACCCUGGAUCCUCCCAAGAUUUGACCGGCAUCAGCCCAGGAUCCACCCGGGAUCUGUCCCAGGAUCCACUGAGGGUUCUGACCAAGAUCACCCUGGGAUCCACCCAGGAUUCUGACCAGGAUCCACCCAGGAUUUACCUGGGAUCCAUUUGGGAUCCACCCAGGACGUCGACCUUAUCCUGCCCGGGAUCCACCCAGCAAUUCUCUGGGAUCUCCCCGGGAUCCACCCAGGAUUCUGCCCAGGAUCCACCCAGGAUUUUGAUCAGGAUCCACCCAGGAAUUCUCUGGGAUCUCCCUGGGAUCCACCCAGGAUUUCGACUGGAUUGUGCCUGGGAUCCACUCGGGAUCCACCCAGGAUUCUGACCAGAAUCCACCCCCAGGAUCCACUCAAGAUUUACCCAGGACCAGCCCAGGAUCCACCCAGGAUUUCUCUGGGAUCUCCCUGGGAUCCACCCAGGAUUUCGACCUGAUUCUGCCCGGGAUCCCUCCGGGAUCUCUCAGGGGGGAGGGAACGGGAUCUGGAUCCACCCAGGUGGGGUCUGGACCCCCCCAAACACCCGGAGGGGGGAGUGGAUCCCUCCUUGGAGUGGAUCCCUCCUUGGGAUCCGCUGGGAUCUGGACCCCCCCAAUGCACCAGAGCGGGACCGGAUCCCUUGGGGGGAGGGGAUCUGCCCCCCCCCGGGUGGGAUCUGGACCCCCCAGACCCCAGGGAUCCCCCCGGGAUCUGCUCCCCCCGGAUCCCCAUUGCUGUAAAUCCCCUCCCCCCAAUAAAAGCAGAUUUCAGAUCUCCCCUCCCCCCACUUCUUUAACCCCUCCCCGAGACCCCCCA